ACUCAAUCCAAUGAAAUUCAUGUCAAGUUAAUGAUAGUGCCAAAGUGGUUGAUGCUCUCAAGGACCUAAAAUAUAGGCAAUUAUUUUACUUUCUUCAUCAAUUUGUUACAUGGCUGGUAAAGAAAUGGUGAAGCUGUCGUGAAGCUAUCAUGUUUCCUCAGCGAAUCCUCUCAGAUCUAACGUGGACCUCUGUUUUUCCUAGUAAUUAAUAAAAAAGGCAUUGUCUUCUUCUCUGCUCUGCGAUGGUGUUUAAAAUAACUCAUUUUUAAAAAUUUCUGGGGAGAUUUUUUUUGUAUUUUUUGGUGUUAAAGAUAAGUUCUUGAAUGUGAAGUUUCUGAUAAACUACUCAUUGCACGUCUUCUUUCCUUCAUGUCGUCUGGUUUCCUCUGACACUGGGUUUAAUACACAUAUAAAACUUUCGACACCUCCCCGUUGUUUUAUUAUCACCUUCAACGAAAAGCCGCAGACGGCCUUUGGGACUUUGUCAAUGGUGAUUUUUUGCAACUGGGACUUUCUCUUUAUGGGAGAUUUGUGAUGGGACUUGCGGAUUCUCAACCGGAUUUUCUUGAUUGACAGCGGCACUCUGGUUUUCAACAUUUUCAUGGUGGUGAAUAAAAUCAUGGAGCUAGUUGAGGGAAAACACAUUGAAGAUGGAGAGAUGGAGGAAUUGGAAAUACCACCAGGUUCCAGUACUCCUCCCUCUGCAGCCCCUCACGUUGGGACACGUUUUCCGGGCAUGGUGAGGCAAAAAGCUUAUAUAUUUGAUGGGUUGGGGAAAUAUUAUCCCAAGGAGUGGGAUCUUGUUGAAGGUACAGGUGGUAAGUUUUGUUGGUAUCAUGUAGAACUUCCAAAAGGAAAUCAGAAACUUUCUCAAUAUGCACAGUACCUUAUAGAUGUUCUUUGCCCUCCUUUAAAGCUUCAAGACAUUCUUUCACUUGUUAGCAAUGGACCAUUUUGUGGACAUGUUGAUGGAGCCCUUGUUUUUAGAGUUAAUUCAGCUGGCCCUGCCAAUAGCAAUUUUACAUUUAGACUCGCUGCUAGAGUUACUGAGAAUUCAGUGAUUACUGUGUCUCUAGGUCGUGUUCCCAGAUUAGGUUUCUCACCAGUUGGUGAAUCUCUUCUCUCAGAAAUUCCUAGUGUGGAAAGUCCCUCUUACUUUAGCGGUCACAGAAAGGAAAGUAGUGGGAUUGUUAUUAGAGAACAUGUCCUGGAGUUCUUAUUGACUAUGAACCACUCUGAGGAGGCUGACAAUCCUGUUCCACAUACUGUCUCAAACCUUGUUGUUCACAUAAUUGACUCACAUGUGGAUCAACUGCAAGAUGUUGUGACUAAUCUCGAAAUGGAACUGGAUUCAGUGGAGCUUCAAUUGGAUAAAGGUGGAUUUACUUUAAAGAAACAAAUGCUAGAUGACAGGAGAUUUCCCAAAAUGCAUCUUAAUUUACAACGUCUCCUUCAGGUGAUUGCACAUGGAGAGGCAGUAUUUCCAAGAGUAAAGGAAAAAUGCUCUUCAAAACAUUGGUUUGCCAGUGAGGACAUUAGCGCACUCGAAGAGUUGAUAGGAUGUCUUAGGAGACUAAAGGAAAAUGUAGGGUUUUUAGCAAAUCGUGUCACUGCAAUACAAGCCGGUCUGGAUAGUUGGCAAGCUGAGCAAAUUAACAGAAAACUCUAUUAUCUCUCCAUCCUGUCAAUAAUAUUUCUUCCUCUAUCCAUUAUCACUGGAGUGUUUGGCAUGAAUGUGGGUGGAGUGCCAUGGACUGGGCAAAACGACCCUAAGCUACAAGAUGGUUUCCGCAAUGUGAUUAUACUCUGUCUAGGAAUGCUGCUUCUGGUGCUACUAUGCUUCAUUUUCCCAGCCCUUUAUAAUCAUUUUGUUGCUUGGCAGAAGAGCAGAUCAAUAAAAAGAAGCUGGUCUCUGAACAGGUCAUUCAUCAGGAGAACCCUUAACUGUCCUGAAAGAGAGGGUUACCUUAGGAUUUAGGUUGUACAAGAAAGUUAUCUGUGGACCAUGGUAAGCUUAAACAUCGCCUUGCUUCAUUUCCCAUAUUAGAGCCGGUUCUUGGUUCUUCAAUCAACAAUAUUUCUCAAUUUUUCAGAGGAAACUUCACAUCUUGGAGUUGGUGUAAGAAGAGGAGUCUUUUCUUGCAUCUUGAAUGACAUGUACAAAGCAGACCAUUCUAAACCAAUAUUGUAGAGAGAAAUCUCCGCUACAGGUGUAGUGGGUUAGUCACUAACUACAUGUGAAAUUCACUUGAUAAAUUGUGCUUAAACUUUACCAACCCCUUUUUCCCCCUUAGUUCAAACAAAUUGUUUAUGUUCAAAAAAAAAAAAAACCCCAAUAUUGUAGAGAUAUUAAUAUAUUAUUAUUUACAUAUACAAGGCAAUAAAAGUAAAAUUGUUGU